UGUCCUUUUCCGGCGUUCAAGAUGUCGAAGCGAGGACGUGGUGGGUCCUCUGGUGCGAAAUUCCGGAUUUCCUUGGGUCUUCCGGUUGGAGCCGUGAUCAACUGUGCUGACAACACAGGAGCCAAAAAUCUGUAUAUCAUCUCUGUGAAGGGGAUCAAGGGACGACUGAAUAGACUUCCUGCUGCUGGUGUGGGUGACAUGGUGAUGGCCACAGUCAAGAAAGGCAAACCAGAGCUCAGAAAGAAGGUACAUCCAGCAGUGGUAAUUCGACAGCGAAAGUCAUACCGGAGAAAAGAUGGUGUGUUUCUUUAUUUUGAAGAUAACGCAGGGGUCAUAGUAAACAAUAAAGGCGAGAUGAAAGGUUCUGCCAUCACAGGACCAGUUGCAAAGGAAUGUGCAGACUUGUGGCCCAGGAUUGCAUCCAAUGCAGGCAGCAUUGCAUGAUUCUUUGUUGUAUUUGUAAAAGAAAAAAAUGAUAAUAAAAAUUAUUUGCUCCA